CUUAAGAUUGUUUGUUUCCACCUGUGAUAGACGUGUAUUUACGAACUGAGCUUUGUGAAGCAACCACGCUCGGAAGAUAACAUUCAUUCUUUUGAACUUGGGGGAAUAUUUACGGUGACGUCCCGGAUUAUUACCUUCCAACAUGUGGCUGUUCCUGGAUUUGCGAAAUCGACGUAACUGACGUCAAAAACGUUUCCUCUUCGUAACAGCUGUUGGAGGACUUUAAUUUAAUUUUUUUUAAAGAAGAAGAAGAGGAAGAAGAAGAAAAACCUCAUCAACAACAACGACAAGGAUAAUAUCACUCUAAUAACACACUGAACUCUGCCGGCCGGCUGGCUGACUUGCUGGAGAUCGCAGCUUCGGGAUCGACCACGCCUCGCCACCCACGGGUAAACCCCUCGCCCCCUCUUGCUUAAGGUGUCCCCAAACUUUUAAACACCCCCCCCUCCACUCCCCCUCCCUCCUUCCCAUCGUACCGGAACGGCGACAUUGUCACCCGUAGCCGUUGAGUCGUGGCCAGAAUUUGUCCCACUUCAAGCGGAAAUCCCAACAGACAGGUCCCCCCGCCCCAGGUCUGGCUAUUGAGGACUUUCUCUACACACGCACAUACACACACGCACAAAAAGAAGAAAUAAAUUCUUUACACACACACACACACACACAAGCACACACAAAUAGAAAAGGAAAAAAAAAGUUUGGAGAUAAAAGUAUACUUCUGAUUUAAAAAGUAGAGGGGUGAAAAUACUUACAUACAGUAAAGUGGGUAGGUGAGCGGAUAUACUUAAAACAAGCUGAGCAACGGAAUACUUAACUUACAAUACGGCUGAUAGAGGAACAAUUUAAAAAAAAAACAGCCUACAAGAAAGGAUUUAGGGGAGCGAAAAUACUUACACUAAAGCAAAUUGAGCAACAGGAAUGGUUACAAUAAAGCGGGUAGAGGGUCGAAAAUACUUACAAUAAAGCAAAAUUGUACUUUGAAAAUUCUUAUAAUAUAUCAGGUGGAAAAGGGUGGGAACACCUAGAAUAAAGCAGUGUUAGAGGAGCGAGCGAAAAUACUUACAAUAAAACAGGUAGCAGGGCUAGUGAAAGUACAAUAAAAACUGGUAGAGCGUCAAAAAUAAAGCACUUAACAAUAAAACAGGUAAAUGGACGCUGCAGUGUUUUUAUAACACCUCUUCUCUCUCCCGAAGGAAGACUUUUCGUCCCCCCCCCCAACCCCCAGUCAGCUGUUUUCCCCUACCUUCUAUUCCUACCCGGGGUAAAAUCUACCUCGCCGUUCGGCCUGAUUUGAUCAGUUCGUGUCGCGCCUUGCCGCUGAAAGGACACUACAGGCCUGGAUUAAAGCCCGGGGUAAAGCCGUGGACGUUUGGUGUCCGUGUGAAGAGAGAGAUAGUCUGUUGUCAUCCAGUCCGAGAUUAAGAGCAGCGGAAGGAAGGAAGGAAGGAAAGAGCUAGGAGGAGGAGGAGGAAAUAAUUCGAAGUACUUUUUCAGGAGUCUGUGGUACUCCAGUCCGGGAUUAAGAACGGAGGAAGGAAGGAGCGAGGAGGAGGAGCAGGAAAUAAUUCGGAGUACUUUCUCGGGACUCUUCUGUCCUCGAGUCGAGGAUUAAGAGUGGUGGAAGGGAGGACGGAAGAAUACAGAAAGAAGGAAGAGAAAAGAAGUUGGAGUACUUUCUCAGGAGUCUGUUGUCCUCCUGUCUGGAAUUAAGAGGGGUGGAAGCAAAGAAGGAAGGAAGGAGAGGAGGAGGAGGAAACAAUAUCGGAUUACUGUCUUGGUAGAAGUGUUUGAUUCCUUCAAGUGGGAUAAUACACAGUGCUGACGAUAUGAGCACUUGGCUGAAGAGAAAUACGUCCAAGAAAUAUGUUCUCCCUCAGGAACAGGAGAGCAUGGACCGGAUCCUGGAGGGACUGUUGGAGUCCCAGCAGCCCGAGCAGGUCAAGAGCGCCAUCAUCGCGCGCAUCUGUGAGCAGGGGGCGCAACCCACACACCCGCCCGCCACCGUCAGGGGCGUCUUUCUGGUGAAUCCUGCGCUUCAUCCGUCAGACGGACGAGGUGUCCCAGUACCUCAGCAUGGUGUGGCGCCUCCACCCAGCCACCCUGUUGUCCGACUGCCUGGCGGAGAUUUUCCGGGUCAUCUCCACGCCGCGCGACGACGCCACCGCCGCUGCCCUGGAGAACUCGGAGCCGGCCAUCUGCCUGGCGUCGCUCGUUAAGCACGUUCCUAUAGAGCUGGCCAACAGGGUGGCGGAGAACAUGGCGUACCCUCAGCUGAGGUCCGCCUCCUUCUGUAUCCUGUCACAGAUGCUGCUCAGUUUCCAGCACUCGCCUGAGCCCUUUCACAAAGACCAGCCGGUGCCGAGUCAGGAGGAGAUGAAAACCCUGCUGAAGCAGAAGCAGUGGAGCUCGCAAGUGAGCGGGUCCUCUGCCGAUCAGCUAGAUAGCUUGUCCAGUGUGGUCAGUUCUUCAUUGGUCAGCACCGUGCACCAGGAGAAGCUGGAGGUGGGCAAGACAGGCCUGGAGAACCUGGGGAACACUUGCUACAUGAACAGUGUGCUGCAGGCUUUGUACAUGUGUGAUAGGUUCCGACAAGGCAUCUUGAGUAAACCACCUACUGGAAGUGAGAACUUAUUGGUGAAAUUGCAACAUGUCUUUGCCAUGCAGAGUCAGUCCUUGAGACCUUGCACUGCCCCGAGGAAUUUCUUGCUGUCCUCACGCCCACCGUGGUUCACCCCCGGCCACCAGCAGGACUGCUCAGAGUUUCUCAAAUACCUCCUGGACCAGCUGCACGAAGAUGAGAAAACAGCUGCCAGCGGCUGCCGUACCAUCGCUAAAUCUCCCUCGUCCAAUUCUCUCUCGUCGAAUGGCACUUUGAAGUUGAGCAAUGGCAAGUCGAGCAAGAAGGGGGAGGUUACUUUGACCUCAGUGAAGCUGAAAUCAGAGGACAACUCUGCGGGAGAUCUCAGCCUGAAGAGCACGAUGUCCUUGAUAGAGAAGACGUUCCGGGGACAGGUGCAGACCACACUGAAAUGUCUGGCAUGCAAACAGGAGUCCCAGCGCGUCGAGAGAUUUGCUGAUAUCCCUCUAGCCUUCCCCAACUCUUCCAAGUCAUCGGACGUCCCUCAAAAAAUUCUGGCUGGCGGCAGUGGAACGCCAGCUCCAGCCACAGCCACGACGCCGGAAAAUAGUUCCCAGUCUGGGGCUCCUCCGUCUUCGUCUUCCACGAGCAGCGAAGUCGACGGUGCGGAAAGUGACGGCCCCGAGGGCAGUUUUACUCUAAAUGAUCUCCUGUCGUUCUAUCUGAAGCCAGAGAAGCUGGUUGGGGAUAACCAGUACCACUGCAACGGUUGUGGCAAGCUGCAGGACGGAGAACGCCGGAUCCACAUCGUGGAGUCGCCACAGUACCUUAUCCUGACGCUGCUACGCUUCUCCUACGACACCAAGCUCCAAACCAGGACAAAGAUCUUUGAGGACGUUCAGUACCCCAGAACCCUGGCGCUUCCUGUCCACGAAGUCACGCCCCCUCCCUCCCCAUCCUCCUCCACCUCCUCCAAAGACUCUUUUUCUUCAUCCUCUUCCAACUCCAAAAAACAGCACUCUAGAGGGAACAGUUCUGUCACUAGUAACAAUGUCAUAACUAAUAAUAACAAUUAUAAUAACAAUAAUGUUGAUGAGCAUAAGCCACAGUCUUCGUCGAGGUUGGAGCAAAUAUUAAAGCAGCUGGCUCCCAAGACAGAUGACGAGGAGACCAGCGUCCACCAUUGUGAUUUGUACGGGCUCUGUGCCGUCGUGGUGCAUUCUGGGACCUCGUCGGAGUGUGGCCACUACUACUGCUACGCUCGCCACUCCUCGGCUCAGCAGACUGACCUCAAAGUUUUGGAAAAGGUGAACGUGGAUUUGAACACCCUGGAUCUUCUGCCUGACAAGUGGUAUAACUUUAACGACAGCCGCGUGUCACACUCAAGUUUUACAUCCUUCAGCAAUGUGACCAAGAAGUUCUCCAAGGACACGGCGUACGUCCUCAUCUACCAUAAACUGACCGCUGAUGGACAGGACCAGAGCUUAAGCUCAGACCCACCCCUUCGCUCUGACCUCAGAGAUGCUGUGGUCAAGGACAACGAAAAAUACCUGAAGGAACAGGAGCUCGAAGCCAGGGCCAAAGAGGAGCAGCAGCGGCGCAGAUCAGCGUCUGUGGGCUCCGCCUCUCUACACAAGUGGCGGGACGACGAUGACGACCCACCAGGCGGCCCGCCUGGCUUUGGCGGCGCUUUUGGGGGCGGUGGUGGCGGCUUUGAUUCCAUGGGGCCUCACUUUGUCUUCUGAGCUUCUGUUCGUCGCUUCUUGAUAAUGCAGCCCAGUGUUACUUAUGGGGAAGUUAUUUGUGGUGGGGUUUUUUGGGAGUUGUUUUUUUGUUUAGAUUUUUUGUGGGGGUUUUUCCGGGAGGGG